GCUCCCUCAAGUCUCUGGCUCACUCUUUUCACUUCAACUCGGUGAUUUCAAUUUUGUAGAGCAGCUUCUUUAUCAUAAAUCAAUACCUUGUGUCCCCUUCUCAUAAAUCAAUACGUAGCUCGGUGAUUUCAAUUUCGAAGUUCUCUCUCUCGAUUUCGAAGCUUCACCGCCACCGCUAUUUGCAUCGUCUACUAAGGUGAGCCAUCGUCAUCGUCAUCGAUUUCGAUUCAAUCUCAAUUUCGUAUUCUCUCUCUCUCUCUCUCUCAAGCUCUUCAUUCCGUCGAUUCUUCUCCUCCGAGGGUUUACAAUCUUGAAUUUCCUCCUAGGGUUUGCCCCUUGCUAUUUCAAGCGCUGCUCUUAUUCCAUCAUAGCAAGGUUUUGAAGCAUAUUUAAGGUUGCUAUGCAAAUAUUUCAAAUGCCACUCCCUUUGGCUGAGGUUGUUGGGAAGAAGGGUAGCAUGUGGACAACAAUAGGAAUGUUUCACAGCAGCAAGAUCUAUUGCUCAAUUGAAGAGACUCUGUUUUUGGCUGAAAGAGGUGAACUAAGUCUCUUAGAUGCUGAUGAUAGAUCAGUUCCCUUAAAAGAUAUAUAUAAGAAGGUUACAGAAGGAAAGAGCGGAUGUUGUUGGGAGUCAUUUGAAGUCUACAGGCACUUGAGGUCACUGGGAUACAUUGUUGGGCGUCAUGGUAUCCCUUGGACUGUGAAGAGUAUUAAGAAUAAGCCUCCUUCUGUCGGAGGCACAUUGGAGAUUAAAGUGAUAACAGAUCAGAAAUUUGAAGACCUAAAUCUCGUCAACGAACUUUUCAAUAAUAUAAGGAUUGAUGAAGUUAGACCUGUAUUUGAUGUUUACCCUCCCAAUAGCAAAUUUAGAAAGUCCUCUCCUGGUAAUCCAAGUUUCGUUCUCUGCAUGACCAGUGGGCAUCCGCCAUCCAAGCCAAAGAUUGAAGACCUUGAGAGAUAGUGUAAUGGCAUUCCUUUGAAGUUCUGUCAUGUUGAGUAUGGACCUGUUAGUUUCUUCUCCUUUAACAGGGUGGAGCUCCCUGUCCUUCCUUGACAUUCCUGUUAUGCUGCUGCAACAUUUGCUCUUCGAAUCCCUACAAUUGGUAUUGGGACAAGGCCUUUUUGUAUUGGCCAAGUUAAUUGAUUCUUUAGCUCUCUCUACUACUCCUAAUAAUGAAUUAGACUUGAUUGGCUUGUGUUGUGUAUAAUCUUUUUGCUUUCAUUUGUACAUAUAAUUUGCUAUCCGAUCUUGUAAUUUGCUUUUCAAGUACUAAAGUGGGCAUUAUAGUGAUAUCACGUGUUCAUAUAUUGAGUUUACUCAUGUAAUGAACUUUGAAUUUGCUUC